AAGAGCUUUCGAGCUUUAAGAGGUUUGGUGAGGCUGCAAGGAGUAAUGAAAGGGCAUAGUGUGAAGCGGCAAACAGCAAAUGCAUUGAAAUGCAUGCAGAUGCUGGUUCGCAUACAAAAUCAAAUUCAGUCACGGCGAAUUCAGAUGUUAGAAAAUCAGGUGCUACAAUGUCAGGCUGCAUAUAAGAAUGAGCAAGACCUAGAGAGCAGCUUUUCUAAGUGGAUGUCUGAGAACCAGGAUCAAUGGGAUGAUAGCAUGCUGACUAAACAAGAAAUUGAGGCUAGAAUGAAGAGGAAGUAUGAUGCGAUUGUUAAGAGAGAAAGGGCAAUGGCCUAUGCAUAUUCCCAUCAGGUACUUUAUCUCUUUGGCUUAUAUCAUAAAAUGGGUUUAUCUUGCUUUGGAGAGCUGGCGUUAAUGUGAGAUAUUUUCUUUCCU